GGACUGAAGGACUGGAAGUGGGCGUUUGAGGAGUUGCUCUGUCUCCUCUCUGUCUUUCCAUGUUUUACGUUUCUGUGGCUUGGGUUCCUUGCCUUUUUGGUCUCUCUCUUUUUUGAGUGAGGGAAUGCGGGAAUGAAGAGUGAGUGGUUUGCUGUCGCUACCUACUUAUCUGCCUACCUAAUCCAUCACCGUAGGAUUUACUGGAUGGAUGGAAGGCAUCAAGUGGAAGGAAAGGGAAUUGUAGGAAUUGGAGGUGAUUUGGCCUCUUGCUGCUGGUUGAUUCCAUUGGUGUUUGUCAUGUUUGUCCGCCUGCGAGGCAUGGCCCGUGCUUUGCGCUUGCGCACGUCCUCCACCAAAGAUUUCCGUGCCAUGCCCACAACCACGCAACCGUGACAACCUCCUCCAUAACCACGACACAUCAUGGCGGCGUCAGUCCAGCGCGCCAGGACCCAGAUGCCUUCUCAG